AUGCUCUCUUCAUGGAGAAUGCCCAGCCGUCAUGUUCUCUCUCGACAAUGGCGAUUCGUCAAGCCCUUUGUGAAGGCAGGCCCGCGUUUCUCGCCUUUCGUACAGAAGCCCGCGAGCGUGUUGCGAGACCAGACCGCGCGAUCGUACAUCCAAUUUUCUAUCAUGAGACUCCUCUCGCUUGAAUUACAGCGCGUCGCUUCGGUCAAGAAGCUGGCGAGUCUCAAGCCAAAGAGGACGCAAAAACACCCGCUCGACCCUCAGUUAAGAAGCUGGCUGAAGGAAAACAAGGAACUUCUGGAUCACUUCCAUGCCGCCUACCGCAUCAACCACAACGACCCAGGCAGCUGGCCGCAAUUCAAGGAGCAGUUCACACGCGUAACACCAGGCGAACGCGUUAGCAUGAAGCUGUCCGGCAACGAAGCCUUCCUUGGCGGCAAACAUUUCAACCACAUCUUCCAGUACAACCGGUUACGGGGAAAAAGUAUUGGACGAGGAGCAAGCCUUUGCAAGAAAGCGAAACCGGCAUCGCUCAAAAAUGGAAAGUUUGUCUUGAAGGCCCCUAGGACUGUGUUUGACGGCAGCGAAAAGAGCGUUCUGCUUGUUCAUGUCAGUCCGAGUGGGAUCGUCUUCGAGGGCUUUGAACUCACUGAACGUCGAGGGAAUAAAUACGACCAAUCGGUAAUGCGUUUUGGAUCGAGGGAAUUUGUCGCAUUUAUUCAAAAGAAAGACCUCUCAACCGUGGCGAAGAAGAAGGUGCGAAGCUGA